CAGCGCCAGGCACGUGAAAAAAAGCGCCAAUCUCAUUGGUCGGCCAACUUUAAACGCGCCGCGUCAAACCAAAAAAACGCGUCCGAGGCGUUUUUCUGAAAAUGACGCUUUUGCGCGUCGCGCUUUUCGCGUGGGUGUGCGCACUCACAUUGGCGCUCGUUCUUGAGUCACGAGACGUUAAACGUCGACGAUAAACGCGCCCGAAAAACGUCCCGGUGUGUAAAGACCUUAAUACGAAACUCUGAUGUGCUGUCGCCAGACACAGCAACUGGUCUAGUUCGGAAAGUUUGGUUUGAUGUACAGCUACAUCUAGCAAGACGAGGCAGAGAAGGGAACCGAGAUUUAAGAAGGGAUUCUUUUACCAUGAAAUGGGACGACAAUGGCACCGAAUACAUUACUCUGGCCCACAAUGCAGAGACUAAAAACCACAAAGACCCGAAAGAUCCAUGUAAAGAAAAUUACAGAGGCUGCAUCUUCGCUGAACCCAACAACCCCAAGUGUCCUGUUGCUACUUUCAAAAAAUACCUGGCACUCUGUCCGUCAGACGCAGACGCAUUUUAUCUUCAUCCACUACGACAAAACCAGGAAACACUGAACAAAAGAACAGUCUGGUACUCUAAAGAGCCGAUGGGACAUAACUACCUUGCCAAGAUGAUGCCCACAAUCAGCGAAGCAGCUGGCCUCUCACGAAGAUACACAAACCACAGUUUAAGAAGCACGGCUGUGCAACUUCUCUCGCGUGCCGGAUUGGAAACAAGAGAGAUUAUGACUGUGACCGGACAUAGAUGUGAAAGCAGUCUAAAGACUUACUGGACUCCGACCACCGCUGACAGACAGAAAUGGAGCAGUAUACUCUCAUCAAAUCCUCACAACAGCUUGGCAAGCAGUGCAAUCAACACAACGUCCAUAGAGGAAACUUCCGCUGACUCUACCAAAAACAUCAACUUCAACAUCCCCGCUGGGACCACGUUUACAAUGUCACAGUUCACAAUUAAUGGAAAUGUGCAAUUUAAUACUUGUAAAUAAAUAACAUACUCAAAUAUAUAUAUAUAUUCAUAUGUUGAUGUUUAUAAAUAGUCCUUCUGUAUUUUCUGUCUUUUUAUGUAAUUCCUUUGAAUGUUAGUCAGGUGGUGGUACUAUAUCGUUUCGCGGAAGGAUAAACAUGUGAAUAAAAAAAAUAUGCUAAUAAAAUGUUUCAAAUUCAUAUUCAUGUCCAGUUUUUUUUCUUAUGUGGCAAGUAGCCGUGUAAUAAGCGGGA